CCUCCUUUGCUCGGUCUCAGUCGAGUUGUCUGGCAGCGCCAGCGUUAGGGUAUCCAUCGCUAUACGGCGGGAAUCCUCAGAGCCAUGCCCGAGGUCGUGGAUUCGUGCUCCUUGGCCUCUCCGGCAUCCGUUUGCCAGACCAAGCACCUGCACCUACGCUGCAGCGUCGACUUCACGCGCCGGGCGUUGACCGGGACCGCAACCCUCACGCUCCAGUCCCAGGAGGAUAAUCUGCGCAGCCUGGUUUUGGAUACAAAGGACCUGACAAUAGAGAAAGCGGUCAUCAAUGGACAAGAAGUCAAAUAUACUCUUGGCGAGAGCCAAGGCUACAAAGGCUCACCGAUGGAAAUCUCCCUUCCUAUUGCUCUGUGCAAAAACCAAGAAGUCACCAUCGAAAUUUCCUUUGAGACUUCACCACAGUCUUCUGCUCUUCAGUGGCUCACUCCAGAACAGACUUCAGGGAAGCAGCACCCUUAUCUCUUUAGUCAGUGCCAGGCCAUCCACUGCAGAGCAAUUCUUCCUUGCCAGGACACUCCUUCUGUGAAAUUAACCUACAGUGCAGAGGUUUCCGUCCCAAAAGAACUAGUGGCACUUAUGAGUGCCAUUCGUGAAGGAGAAGCCCCGGACCCAGAAGACCCAAGCAGAAAAGUAUACAAAUUCAGACAAAAUGUUCCAAUACCCUGCUACCUGAUUGCUUUAGUUGUUGGAGCUUUAGAAAGCAGACAAAUUGGCCCAAGAACCUUAGUAUGGUCUGAGAAAGAGCAGGUGGAAAAGUCUGCUCACGAAUUUUCUGAGACUGAAUCUAUGCUUAAAAUUGCAGAAGAACUGGGAGGCCCGUAUGUUUGGGGGCAGUAUGACCUGUUGGUCUUGCCCCCAUCCUUCCCUUACGGCGGCAUGGAAAAUCCUUGCCUCACAUUCGUAACUCCUACUCUCCUGGCAGGUGACAAAUCACUCUCCAAUGUUAUUGCACAUGAAAUAUCUCAUAGCUGGACAGGAAAUCUUGUAACCAACAAAACUUGGGAUCACUUUUGGUUAAAUGAAGGACAUACCGUGUACUUGGAACGCCACAUAUGUGGACGAUUGUUUGGUGAAAACUUCAGGCAUUUUCAUGCUCUGGGAGGAUGGGGAGAACUACAGAAUUCGAUAAAGACCUUUGGGGAUACACACCCUUUCACCAAACUUGUGAUUGAUCUGACAGGUGUAGACCCUGAUGUCGCAUAUUCUUCAGUGCCCUAUGAGAAGGGCUUUGCUUUACUCUUUUACCUGGAACAGCUUCUUGGAGGCCCAGAAGUCUUCCUUGGAUUCCUAAAGGCUUAUGUUAAGAAAUUCUCCUAUAAGAGCAUAACUACUGAUGACUGGAAGGAUUUCCUGUAUUCUCAUUUCAAAGAUAAGGUUGACAUUCUCAAUCAAGUUGACUGGAACACUUGGCUGUACUCUCCUGGACUGCCCCCGGUGAAGCCCAAGUAUGAUAUGACUCUGACAAAUGCUUGUAUUGCCUUAAGUCAAAGAUGGAUUAAUGCCAAAGAAGAAGAUCUCAGUUCAUUCAGUGCAGCAGACCUGAAGGAUCUCUCUUCACAUCAGUUGAAUGAGUUUUUAGCACAGAUGCUCCAGAAGGCACCUCUUCCAUUGGGGCACAUAAAGCGAAUGCAAGAGGUGUACAACUUCAAUGCCAUUUACAAUUCUGAAAUACGAUUCAGAUGGUUACGACUUUGCAUUCAAUCGAAGUGGGAAGAAGCAAUUCCAUUGGCUCUAAAAAUGGCGACUGAACAAGGAAGAAUGAAAUUUACACGACCCUUAUUCAAGGACCUCGCAGCCUUUGACAAAUCCCAUGACCAGGCCGUGUCUGUCUACAAACAGCACAAAGCAAGUAUGCACCCGGUGACCGCCAUGCUAGUGGGCAAGGAUCUGAAAGUGGAGUAAGAACCUGCGCAUUGCUGACUUCAAACACUGCUCUUUUUAAAAAUUGAAUCAAAGAAAUACAAAAUUCCAGCUCCCAUUGUAAUGGAAAGUGUCUUUAGUUUUAACUUUUUAUUGUUUGUGAUUUUCUUAAAUAAAGCUGAGCUACCUUCCCUCUA